AUGGCAGGAUCCGAAAGCCUGACUCUUUACACCUGGGCAGAGGAGGGUUCUGCAGGACCAUUCUGGGGUCUGGUUCAGGGUCUGUCUUUUCAUUUUAUUGCAGGGCUGCAAGCUCAGACUGUCUUAGUCAAUGACACAGUCUCGGGGUUUAUCGGGACAGAUGUGGUCCUGCACUGCAGCUUCACCAAUCCACUCCCCAAUGUGAAGAUCACGCAGGUCACGUGGCAGAAAGCCACCAACGGCUCCAAGCAGAAUGUGGCCAUCUACAACCCUGCCAUGGGGGUCUCCAUCCUCUCUCCCUACAAAGAGCGGGUGACUUUCCGGAAUCCUUCCUUCAAAGAUGGCACCAUUCAGCUCUCUCGGCUAGAGCUGGAGGAUGAGGGAGUUUACAUCUGUGAGUUUGCUACCUUCCCAACUGGCAACCGGGAAAGUCAACUGAACCUCACUGUGCUGGCCAAGCCCACAAAUUGGAUGGAGGGCACCAAGCGGCCACUUAUUGCUAAGUCUGGCAGGACAGAAAAGAUCUUGGUAGCUACCUGCACCUCCUCUAAUGGGAAGCCCCCCAGCACUGUCACCUGGGACACCAAGCUCAAAGGGGAAGCGGAGUUUCAGGAGAUCCGGAAUAGCAAUGGCACCAUCACAGUGAUCAGCCGGUACCGGCUGGUGCCGAGCCGGGAGGCUCACCGGCAGCAGCUCAUGUGCGUGGUCAAUUACCAGCUGGACCGCUUCACCGACAGCAUGACCCUCAACGUGCAGUAUGAGCCAGAAGUCACUAUUGAGGGCUUUGAUGGCAACUGGUUUCUCAACCGGAAAGAUGUGAAGCUGAUAUGCAAAUCUGAUGCCAACCCCCCAGCUCACACCUAUGAAUGGAAGCUGCCAAACGGGACUCUGCCAGGGAGCGUGGAAAUCCAGAACAACACCAUCUACUUUAAAGGGCCUGUCUCCUACAGCGUGGCUGGCACCUACAUCUGUGAGGCCUCCAACGCCAUCGGUACACGGUCGGGCUUGGUGGAAGUCAAUGUCACAGUUUUUCCCUUCCUCCCGUCUCCAAUCGAUGAUCGCAAAUCCAUGGUGCAGCCGAACAUCCCCACACCGGUGAUUGGGGGCAUAGUGGGAGGAGUCUCGCUGGUCCUGGUGGUGGCCGUGGUGCUCUUUGUGGUACUCCGGCGCCGGCGUCACACCUUCAAGGGUGACUACAGCACAAAGAAGCAUGUGUACGGCAAUGGCUACAGCAAGGCUGGCAUCCCGCAGCAUCAUCCCCCCAUGGCCCAAAACCUCCAGUACCCCGAUGACUCGGAUGACGAGAAGAAGCCGGGCCCGCUGGGCGGCAGCACCUACGAAGACGAGGAUGAGGACGCAGGAGGCGAGCGCAAGCUGGGUGGCCCCAACAAAUACGAGGAGGAUGCUAAGCGGCCUUACUUCACGGUAGACGAGGGGGAGGCGCACCCCGAACCUUACGACGAAAGGACACUCGGCUUCCAGUACGACCCUGAGCAGCUCGACAUAGCGGAGAACAUGGUCUCACAGAACGACGGAUCUUUUAUUUCCAAAAAGGAGUGGUACGUGUAGCUCGGCACCCCAUUGCUACGUGCACACACACACACACACACAC